AUGGAGUUAUUAGCCAUCAAACACUYGCAGGGUUGGAUGUCAGUCUGUUGGUUGUCACAAUGUUCGCUAGAAGUUUAUUCCUUUUGUAACAAGAAAUGAUGCGGUGUAAUUAAAUAGCCAAGGUUUUCUAUAAAUCGAUCAACAUUCUAGAUAACAUAAUUCAGCAUUUUUUGCCUUGAACAUGACAUUUAGCAAAUUAUUCACACAAACAUGUGGGUGUGACAUGAGAGAGCCAAGGGAAGGUAAUUUUUUUUAUGUAUUAAUCUUUAAAUUGCCAUUGAUGUAGGGAAAUUGCGUUUUGUUUGUCAGGUGGUCAGAAUAUUGCUUUGUCCAGGAAACUUAGGCUAUUGUCUAUUUUUGUCAUUUGUUUCAUCUGAUCAAUAUUGGUUAAAUUAAACGUUGGUAAAUUUAGCUAAUGGAUGGAGUUAGAAUUCAAAUGAAUUGACAAGUAGCCGAAUUGGAAUGCCAUUGAACAUGGAUGGUGGCUAUGGCAGCACGGCAGUGGGCUCUGGGAUGUCCGGCAGUGUGGGUGGCUCUGAGACGGUCCCACUGCUGAUCACGGACCCCGAACCAGAGACGCCGAAAUGGCAGCCCAUGUCCAAGGAACAGCUGGAGCUCGAAGCGGGGGGGCCGGGGUGGAGGAAAAUACGCUCCCGCCUGAUGGUGUUCUUCUGGCUGGGUUGGCUGGCCUUGCUGGGCGCCUCUAUUGCCAUCAUAGUGCAGAGCCCUCGACCGGUCGCACCGACGCUACUGUGGUGGCAGAGUGCGCUGUUUUACCGCAUACAGCCCAUACUGCUCAUGGACGCCCAGAACGAGGUGCCAGGUGGUAUCGACGUGGCGUGUGAGCAGCUACCGUACCUGAAGUCCCUGGGCGUGAAGGCUCUGAUUCUGGAGGGUCUGUUUCACCAGGACGCGUCCCCACUGGACCUCAGAAAGAUUGAUGAGCGAGUGGGUACAGUGCCUCAGAUCCAACAACUGCUCAUGGAGAGCCACAACGCAGGCAUCAAAGUAGUGUUUGACUUCUGUGAUCUGGACCUGUUCGGACCCAAAGACUCAGUGGGCAACGACUCUGCUGUGCCCUCUGACCUCACUGGCUCAAUACAGUAUGCACUCCGAUUUUGGUUGGAACAGGGUGUGGCAGGAUUUGGAAUCUGUGACACAGAUGCUGCAUAUUCAGAAAAGACCCUGACCGAGUGGAGAGAUCUGGUCAAGGAGUUCAGCACAUCAGAUGAUGAGAGGAUUGUAGUGGUGAAACAAACAGGAGAGUCUCUACCUGCCCUGAAUACCUCUAGCACGUCAGUCAACAGCUCAUUGGUGGAGCUGGUUAUGAUGUCACUACUGCCGCACGAGCAUCACCUCCUGUCCGGACAGGAAGUGGCCAUUGCCGUGGAGAGACACCUGUCGACAUCCCACGGCGAACUUUGGCCCAGUUGGACGGUGGGCGGUGAAGCAUCACCGAUGUUGCACAGAAUACUCCUGGUUCUGAUGAUGACACUACCUGGAUCACCUGUUGUCAAAUACGGAGAAGAAAUAGUUAAUUCACCGAAUGUGUCUGCAGACAUGAGCUGGGAACGUGAGGCAGACAAGACCAAUGGACUGAACGACUCUGUUGGGGAACAGAGGAAGCUCAAACGCUCUGCCUUGGCUCUGUUCAGCUCCCUCAGUGGCUCUCGCCUCAGAGAAGAAUCUCUCCUUUAUGGGAGCUUCACCUUUCUCCCCUUCAACACCACCUCCCUCCCCCCCUACUCCUCCAACUCCACCCUGUCCCCCCCGUCGACCCCUGUGCUAGCCUUCCUGCGCUCUUGGGGCUGUGUCCACUUCCUGGUGCUGCUCAACCUUGGGCCUGAGGCCCAAGCCCUGGACCCAGCAUGGGCUCCCAGCCUUCCCACUGCUGGGGUGUUUGUGACCAGCACAGGGAUGAACCGCCUGGGCGGCACCUCCCUGGAAACACUGAGGCUCCAGCCAGAGGAGGCCAUAGUCAUCAAACUGUUUGAGUCUGGCAGCUACGCCUCCUAGGGCCGGUGGUGUGGGGCAUUAGGCAGAGUGAGAGGGGCUAGGACUGGAUGCAGGGGAGGAUAACUAGGCAGAAAUAGUAACUAGUUAUCCAUCUCUUCCUUUUUUUUUCUUUUUUGAGGCUGUAUCAAAAUGUCAAAGCGUUCUUAAAAUAAUAAAUCAUUGUUUAUCAUUUGUUCUGAUGACAUGGUCAACUUCAGACUACAAUGCAAACACUUGGCGACGAAUUUAAAGGCUAUGGCUGAGAUUAGUCAGCCCUAUUUGAUAUUUUUUCCACCAAUUGGUAUUUUGACCAAUAACAGCAGAUCUUUUGCAGAGCUGAUCUGAUUGGUCAGAAGACAAAUUAGUGACAAAAGAUCAGAAUUGGGCUGCCUGUGUAUGAACAUGGGCAGUUUACAGUAAAUUAUCAUGAGUAACCAACAGUUGAUUUCAACAUCUUUCAGUUGAGAAACAACAAACAUUGUAUGAUGUAUCCUGAAGUAUGUAGCUGGGUAAUGUGGUGAAACACACAGUAAAUCACUGAAUCAACCACAAUGAGUGGUGGGAAGGGCUCCAUGUUUCUGGUUCAUCCAUUGUACAUUACUGCUUUGAGUGAUUUAUAUAUUGGUGCCGCAAAGCAGUCUGAAACACAACCUGACACAUACACUUCCUUUUUGCACUACUCAUCCCUUCCAAUUCUUGUUGUGGAUAAAAAGCUAGAAAUAAAUAAUUAUAGGCCUCCCAAACAGCAUCAGCAGCCAGGGUUCAGGGUGACACAUGCAACGUCUGGGCCAGCAGAAUGUAUCCCGAGGGGGCCAGGACAGGGUUUGGGAAACCGUGGUUAAGGGAAUGACACUUCUCCAGUGUGUGUCACCUCAGAAUAUAUGCCGCGUUCAAAACAACUGGGAAUUGGGAGCAGGGGACGACGAGACGAGCUCCGACUAGGAUCAAUUAUUUUGAACUGUCAUCCAAGUCGGAAUUCCAAGUCGGAAACAUCUUUCUGACCUGAAUUGACCUCGUCCCCCCCCCCCGAGUUCCCAGUUGUCUUGAAAGAACCAAUACAUUACUCGUUUUUGAGUGGAUUCCGGGACGCGGUUAACUUUAAACAGCUAGGACCGCUAUUUCUUGUCCCGGAAUCCCGUUCAACAGACAGGUUGAACUCUACUUGACAGAGACGCUAAACUGCUAGCCAUCAAGCUAACGAAAUUGGUACCAGAUGAGUUUGGCAAUGGAGCGCUCUUUGGAGAAAUACAUGAACGGUUCCAGCGCUGUAGGAGCUGUAUUUAUUACGUAUUGUUUCAGGACAAACCGGAUCACUCGGAGUUCUAAUGCAGAAAUUGUUUACUUGCCGAGGAUUAUAGGCUUGAGAAACGUGAAAACGCAGUGGGACGCUAUUCCACAUCAAGUAACUCAUGCAAGCAGUAAAAUGAGAUUUUAAAAACAUGAAACACCUGAUGGAAGGGGACUGUGAAGCAGCACAAACAGGCACAUGCAUGCACACACGAUGGCAUACGCACUACACACACGUAUACAUGGGUUUUGUACUGUAGAUAUGUGGUAGUUGUGGAGUAGUGGCCUGAGGGCAAACGGUGUGUUGUGAAAUCUGUGAAUGUAUUGUAAUGUCUUUAAACUUGUAUAAACUGYCUUAAUUUGGCUGGACCCCAUGAA